GCACGGGCCGCGCGAGGGGAGGGGAGGGCUGGCCGGGGGGCUGCACGCUGGGCCCGGGAGGGGUCCGGCCCCGCACCGGCCCGAGCUGACGCCCAGUGCACGGCCACCUUGCGCGCGCCCGGGGACCUGGAGACGCCCGUCUGGGGGCUGGGGCCGCGCUGCGGAGCCGCCCACGCCGCGCUCCAGGAGCUGGAGCUGGCAGGGUGGGUGUCAGGACAUGUUGAUCUCCCCCCAAGCCAGGGCUGCCCUCCUCCGGCUCUGUCUGGUGAAUCUCCGCGUGCUGAUUUGCUGCAGAACCUGGUCUACUCCUCACUACCUUGGCCGCGUUGAAGCCUGGAGACCCUCAUCAUUCUCUGCCGCUCUCCUUGGCCUGGCAGAGUGUCCCGGUUCCUCAGCCAGCGGGCACCCCCGCCAUGGAGGACUGCAACGUGCACUCGGCCGCCAGCAUCCUGGCCUCGGUGAAGGAGCAGGAGGCUCGCUUUGAGCGGCUGACGCGGGCACUGGAGCAGGAGCGGCGCCAUGUGGCCCUCCAGCUGGAGCGCGCUCAGCAGCCUGGAGUGGGCACUGGUGGCAUGGGCAGUGGGCAGCCCCUGCCAAUGGCCUGGCAGCAGCUGGUCUUGCAGGAGCAGAGCCCGGGCAGCGAGGCCUCAUUGGUCACCAUGCCAGAGGCCCCUGAGGUGCUGGAGGAGACGGUGACGGUGGAGGAGGACCCUGGCACCCCUACGUCCCAUGUGUCCAUCGUCACUUCGGAAGAUGGUACCACCCGGCGCACUGAGACUAAGGUCACUAAGACUGUGAAGACAGUGACCACACGAACAGUGCGCCAGCUGCCCGUGGGUCCGGAUGGCCUCCCCUUGCUGGACAGCGGACCCCCGCUCUGCCCAUUCCCAGAUGGCCCCCUGGACCGCCACUUCUUACUGCGAGGGGGCGUGCCGGCAGCCACGCUCUCCCGCGCCUACCUCAGCAGCGGGGGCAGCUUCCCUGAUGCGCCCGAGCCCCGUGAAGUCCCCAGCUACGGCAGCCUGUCCCGGGGGCUGGGAACGCGGCCCCCACGUGGUGGGCCUCUGGGUCCGGGCCCUGGGGACGGCUGCUUCACUCUGCCUGGCCGCCGUGAGGCGUUCCCCGCCGGCCCCGAGCCUGUGACUCCAGCAGGCCGCUCCCAGCCUGAGCGCUUCCAGGCGGAGCCCUAUGGCCUGGAGGAUGAUACGCGGAGCUUGGCUGCCGAGGACGAGGGCGGCCCGGAGCUGGAGUCCGACUACAGCACGGCCCCCCGGAGGCGGCUUGACUGCGGGCGGGGCCUUCGCGCCAGGGCCUACGAGGACGUGGCUGACGAAGGCAGUGAGCUGAUGGAGGAGCGGCCCCCAUUCCCAGCCGUGAGCGCACCCCUGGCCCAGCCUGAACGGGGCAGCCUGGGCAGCCUGGACCGCAUGGUGCGGCGCUCGCCCUCGGUGGACAGCGCCCGCAAGGAACCGCGCUGGCGGGAUCCGGAGCUGCCCGAGGUCCUGGCCAUGCUGCGGCACCCCGUGGACCCCGUGAAGGCCAACGCAGCCGCCUACCUGCAGCACCUGUGCUUCGAGAACGAGGGCGUCAAGCGGCGCGUGCGGCAGCUGCGGGGGUUGCCGCUGCUCGUGGCCCUGCUGGACCACCCGCGGGCUGAGGUGCGGCGCCGGGCCUGCGGGGCGCUGCGGAACCUCUCCUUUGGGCGGGACACGGACAACAAGGCGGCCAUCCGGGACUGCGGGGGUGUGCCCGCCCUGGUGCGCCUGCUGCGGGCUGCCCGGGACAGUGAGGUCCGGGAGCUUGUCACCGGCACACUCUGGAACCUGUCAUCCUAUGAGCCCCUGAAGAUGGUCAUCAUUGACCACGGGCUACAGACGCUGACCCACGAGGUCAUUGUGCCCCACUCGGGCUGGGAGCGCGAGCCCAACGAGGACUCGAAGCCACGUGACGCCGAGUGGACCACUGUCUUCAAGAACACGUCCGGCUGUUUGAGGAACGUGAGCUCUGAUGGCGCAGAGGCCCGCCGGCGACUCCGGGAAUGCGAAGGCCUGGUGGAUGCACUGCUGCAUGCCCUGCAGUCGGCUGUGGGCAGGAAGGACACGGACAACAAGUCGGUGGAGAAUUGCGUGUGCAUCAUGCGGAACCUGUCCUACCACGUGCACAAGGAGGUGCCAGGGGCUGACAGGUACCAGGAGGCGGAGCCUGGGCCCCCAGGGGGCGCUCUGGGCUCGCAGCGCCGGAGGCGGGAUGACGCCGGCUGCUUCGGUGGCAAGAAGGCCAAAGAGGAGUGGUUCCAUCAAGGGAAGAAGGAUGGUGAGAUGGACCGGAACUUUGACACGCUGGACCUGCCCAAGCGGACCGAGGCCGCCAAAGGCUUUGAGCUGCUGUACCAGCCUGAAGUGGUACGUCUCUACCUCUCUCUCCUCACGGAGAGCCGGAACUUCAACACUUUGGAGGCUGCAGCCGGAGCCCUACAGAACCUCAGUGCCGGCAACUGGACGUGGGCCACGUAUAUCCGUGCCACCGUGCGCAAGGAGCGCGGGCUGCCCGUGCUGGUGGAGUUGCUGCAGUCGGAGACUGACAAGGUCGUCCGCGCUGUGGCCAUCGCCCUUCGCAACCUCUCCCUGGACCGGCGCAAUAAAGACCUCAUUGGGAGCUAUGCUAUGGCAGAACUGGUACGGAACGUGCGGAAUGCGCAGGCUCCAGCACGACCCGGGGCCCAUCUGGAGGAAGACACCGUGGUGGCCGUGCUCAACACCAUCCAUGAGAUCGUGUCCGACAGCUUGGACAAUGCGCGCUCGCUCCUGCAGGCCCGAGGCGUCCCUGCGCUAGUGGCCCUGGGUGGUGCCAGUCAGUCUGUGCGCGAGGCCAAGGCCGCAUCCCACGUGCUGCAAACUGUGUGGAGCUACAAGGAGCUGCGUGGUGCCCUGCAGAAGGAUGGCUGGACCAAGGCGCGCUUCCAGUCCACUGCUGCUAACACCAAGGGACCCAAGGGAGUGCCAAGUCCGGGAGGCUUUGAUGAUAGCACCCUACCCCUGGUGGACAAGAGCCUCGACGGUGAGAAGCCUGGGAGCCGGGACGCCAUCCCCAUGGAGGCUCUUGGCCCCGACGGCUAUUCCACAGUGGACCGGCGGAAGACCCGAGGCAGUGACCCUGCAGCAGAGGCUUCUGAGAAGGAGCCACUAAAACUCGAGCCCAGCAGGAAGGCCCCUCCUCCUGGGCCCAGCAGGCCUUCGGUCAGGCUGGUGGAUGCCGUGGGGGACGCUAAGCCUCAGCCCGUUGACUCCUGGGUCUAGCUUGCACUCCUGGUACGUUCUCGUGUCUGCCCUUCUGUGCUCUGGGCCAGGGCCGCCGCGUUCACCUCUGCUGGCUGCAUGCUCCGCUCUCCCUGGGCUCCCCGGAAGGGCCCGGCCUCGCGC